CACGUCUCCGAUUUCGCGAGCCAGUCGGGACAUGGACUUUCGCAAAUGUUUCAUCUACGUCUGGUAAUCAGUACAGGAAACAUUUGUUUUAUGUGGAUCAUUGCAAUUUUUCCAAAUUAAUCAACUGCGAUGGACCUGAACAACCCACCUCCAUCCUCACCUACGCCCCCUCUGGAAAAUGGAGCAUCAGUCAAUGAUACUGAUCCUCACAUCCCCAAAUCUUCCAAACCCCAACCCUUGCCCGUGUCAGCCAUCACACCACCUCCCCCUGAGAGUUCUGCCAAAUCCCUCUCCACCUCCAAAACUUCGACCACCACCUCCAUGUCCCCAGCAGCAUGCGCAGAUCCUCCAAGCACACUCCAAAACACCUCGCCUGCUUCUUCAGCCAAAUUAAUCAGCCCCUCUGCCACACCCACACCCACAGUCGGUGUCUCCCCAGGCUCCCUCAAAACACCUGAGAUCUCCACCACCCCCUCUAACACCAACACAGCGCCAUUGUGGAACACCACAGCGAUGCCUUUGAGUUCCUCAAAGCCCAGUGUUUCAUCACCAGCCUCUUCACCACCUGGUUCGGAACCUGCCUCUGCCACGACACAAAAUACCUCUAUUGCUCGCACUAGGAGCUUUAAAGACCUGGCUCAGAGGGUGAUUUUGCAAGUGAAGAUAAAGAAAGCUGACGAGGAACAGUCCUUUGAAGAAGAGGAAGAGGAGGAAGACUUGCCCUUUGAAGAGUUGGAGGAAAAGGCCAAGGGUGGCGAUGCUAAAGCUCAGUGCCAGCUGGGUAAGUACUACCUGAAGCUGGCCACGGAGAAAGACGAAGAAGUGAACAACCAGCUGGCUGUGGAGUGGCUGGUGCAGUCUGCCAAACUGGGCCGCAAGGAUGCGUCUAAGUAUCUGCAGCGCUGUUGGAUUCAGAGGAAAGGCAUCACUCCAGGGAAUGAAGUGGAGGUGCGGAAGCUGUCCACAGAGAGCAAGUUUGAGCAGGCGGUGAGGAGGGCGGCCAUGAUGAUGUUCCACAAGCUCAAUCCGGAUGGGAAGAAGACCGUUGGCAUGUCGGAGAUGCUUGACAAUGUCAAUCAAGUCCAUGCAGUGCCAGGCACAGUGUCCACCUCCGUCGACACACAAAGGAGAGUCUUGGAGAGCAUGGUUGGCACAGAAUCUGGACAGCUUGACCUAGACCAUUUUGUGGAAAUCACCAAGCAAUAUGCCCAGGGCAUUGCACCUGGCACCUCCCUGGACAGCAGCACCAAAAAGGCCGUGCCUGUUGAAACAGACGGGGGUCAAAAGGAUUCGCGUGAGUUAGUCCCCUCGAGCCGCAGCAUGCGGAGGACCAGCUGGGGCCGUGGCAUGAUGCUGGGCACCAAGCGCAGCGGAGCCUUUGGGAGAGCCAUUGACUUAAAAUCUCACUUUCUGGGCCUUCAGUACCCUCUGAAUGCCUUCAUGAGCAUGAAGGACCAGCUGAUUGACUGGGCCUCACGUGCUGGCGUCCAGUGGCUGAGCACCAUCAUCCCCACACAUCACGUCAACGCCCUCAUAUUCUUCUUCAUCAUCAGCAACCUCACCAUCGACCUGUUCGCCUUCGUCAUCCCUCUGCUCAUCUUCUACCUCUCCUUCAUAGCCAUGGCGAUCUGUACGCUUCGCAUCUUCCACUGCAGCAAGGGCUGGGCGAACUUCAGCGCUCUCACCACGCUGCUCACGCGCUUCGAGCCCACCCUGGAUGUGGAGCAGGCCGAGACCAACUUCGGCUGGAAUAACCUGGAGCAGUACUUCUACUUCAUGACGUCCGUCGUCUUUGUCAUCUUCACCUUCCCGGUGGCGGACAAGGGCUGGAUCCCGUGCUCUGAGCUGUCCACGGUGGCCAUCUUCUUCACCGUGCUCAGCUACAUGAGCCUCAGCCCCAAGGCUGCCACCUACGCGCGGAGAGCACUCAUCAUUGAGGUGGCGUCAUCUGCCUGCACCCUGACCAAACGGCUGCCCCACACGAUGGUCAUGGUACGCAUGCUGGGCAAGACCUUUGCCACCGUGCCUCUGGGUCCCUCAGUCGUGCUCAAACUCAGCCUGCCCUGUCUGCUCUACAUCUGCCUAUUCUACCAGUUUUUCAGAAUGGCGAGGAUGCGAGGCUUCAGUGGGACCUACUGCUUCCUGGUUCCCUAUCUGGUGUGCUUCAUGUGGUGGGAGUUCUCUGUAGUCCUGCUGCAGCAUUCAUCUGGCGUGGGCCUCAUUCGCACCUGUGUGGCCUACUUCCUCUUCCUGUUUGCCUUACCCCUCCUGGCCAUGGGCCUGGCGGCCAUGCUGCUUUUCCAGAUGGUGAAGUGGUUCCUGGCGCUGGAGCUGACCAAGAUGCUGGUGACUCUGGCCGUUUGUGCUGUCCCGGUCACCCUGCGCCUGUGGACCCGCUUCAGCCUGUCCAUACUGGACGUCUUCCGCUCCAUCACGCACCGCGGGCCCGUCAAGCUCAUCCUCAUCUGCAUCAGCACCGUGAUCCUGCUCUGUGCCAUGUACUUCUACAACGUUGAGGGGCAUAAGGUCUACAACUCCACGCUGACUUGGCAUCAGUAUGGCAAACACUGCGGGCCCCCGGCAUGGCAAGCUCGGGGCAUAGCACAGACGCAGAUCUGGUGCAGCCACCUGGAGGGGCACCGGGUCACCUGGACGGGUCGCUUCCGGCAGGUGCGAGUGGCCGACACCGAGAACGGGGCCCAGUCGGUCAUUAACCUGUUACCCGUGAUCAUUGGGGACUGGAUGCGCUGCCUGUACGGAGAGGUCUACCCAAAGUGUGAGCCAGUCAACACGACCGCCUCCGAAGCGAACACGUCGUCAGCAAUUCCCGGCGUUCCCCUGCCCAUGGAGGAUCUGUGUCAGGUCAAGGCGCUGGCGAAGCACAGCUGCCACGUCAAGCGCUUCGACAGCUUCAGCUUCGAGGUCACGGUGGGGAUGCCUUUACGUACGACCGGCACUGUCGUUGACGACCCAAGCUUUGACAUUGUCCUAAAGGCCAGCCAUGAGUUCCAGCAGGUCCUGCUGAACCUGGACCCCGGAAGCAAGGUGGAGUUCAGCACCAAGCUUGAGGGACGGCUGGGGGCCAAGAUGCCGGCGUUCGAGCUCAAGGCCAUCCACUGCCUGGACUGCAAGUCCUCCCUGGUGCCCGAGGGCCGGCAAGUGAAAAACGAGCGCAACUUGCGGCACACCAUGAGGAAUGCCAUGAAGUUUGCCUUCGACUUCUUCUUCUCGCCGUUCCUCUCUGCUACGAUCUGAUGGACCUGUAAACACAGGAACAGUGAAAAAAAAACGAGUUAAAGCUGGUGAAAAUGCCAGGUAUAGAUAUUUGAUACGGGAGGGAGGUAAUAACUUUAUUUAUAAUCGUCAUUUAGUAGAUGUUUCUUUCCAAAUAAACUUAGAGUAAAAGUAAGUAAGAAAUGGUAAUUGCCUUGAUCAGCAAGAUAAAGUCUGUUCAAGAUAAAGGUCUUGAUAUGGCAAUGUAAGAGACAGACUGACUUUGAAGUAGACCUUUUCCACCAGCUUUUAUGUCUUCAGUAUUGUACAUAUCAUAGUGAUACUGAUGAAAGCAUGCCGUUUGAAACUCAGCUGCCAAACAAACACACCUGCCUUCUUCUUCCAACACACUCAUAUUCGUUUAGUGAAUUGAUACUAAACUCAUGUUUACACCAUAUCAAACAUGCUAGUGGUUAGCGCAAAUGAAGCACAACAUUUGGGUAUCGAAAGUUGGUGAUGGUCACAAGAGCCACUUAACUUUACCAGAGUCUUGUGUUAACCUGUGGUAUGUGGUAUUUUUCUACCCUGAACAACUCAAAUCUCCAUGCCAGUCACAUAAUGAUUGUCCUCCAAUGUCAAUUUGACACUCUCAGACCUGUGAGCCAGCAGAUCUCUCACCAGUGCCUCUAUGUUGCAAAUAGAGCUUUUGCUCUUGCUUUGGACUGGUGUUCCUCUACCAAGUGUACACUUGUUAACAUUGCUAAUGUUCUUAAUCAUUUUUGUAAACUCCUUAAAUAUUUUGCUUAGAACUCUAUGAUGAAAGGCCCUUUGUAGAAUAAUUUUGGCCUUUAAGGAUUCAUAUUCCAAAGCAGUUUUCAAAGCAGAAUUAUUUUGUUUAGGCAUUAGACACGGAUAUAUUUUUUUCCUGGGCAAGAACUAUCCCUGGCCCUCUCUGCAGAACCACUGGGACAUCAGAUUUACUACUGGCAGUUUUCAAAACUUUAAAAUAUUUAAGGCAGCGGUUCUCAAUCCCCCUGACCCCAAUCUUUCUCCACACUCAUUGUUGGUACUUUUGAUUAGCUAACACACUUGACUUACCUAAUCAGGACUAUUAUAAUUACAAUUUUCUUGUCCCAGCUUUUAAAGGUAGGCAGAGCAUUUUAACAAUUGGUUGUCAGGGCAAACUGAAGAAGUGUUUUUUCUAAGAGUGUAUAUCUCCACAAUUUCAGCACAUUUUUUAAAUGUUUGAGUUUACUGAGCAUAAAGGUGCUUAUUUAUCAAAGUUCAAUACUUUAUGUUUUUGUUUUGCAGUUUUUGCCUGUUCUUUUACUUCCAGAUGGUUUACUAUUGCUUAAUGAAAUAUUCUGGAAUUUUGUCUCAAUGUAUGUAAAUAAUUUGGAUUUAACCGUUAAAUGACUGGAUUGGCCAGUAAAGUUAAACAGACCAUUGAAAAACAGUGUGGAAGAUCCAAUAUAUCUCAAACUUAGACUGCCAUGCAUCACUAUAUCCAGGAGGUUUAUCCCAUGUGUGUUAGAGGUCCUUCCUCGCUGGCAACAUUAGCUAAAGUUGGUGUCCCAGAUUGUUCAAUUGUGGUGAUAAUUUCACACACACAAAUCUAAUCCUGAUGACAUCGACUCAUGAUACAUGAUACUCAUGAUACAUUUAUUAUAUACUUACCCCAUUUCUUCUCAUUUGCGGUCCGGCCAUAAGUGUGGACACUGGACACUGUUUACAUCAAGAACACUGUUAUUGGGCUAAUAAGUGGAACAGGCCUCUUGCAUAAUUAAGUCUUCACACACUGUAGUGCCUACUGUGGAUCAUGAGUAGUCUACAGUACAGUCUCAGAUCUACUCUUGAUUAUGUUGUGGAAUUGUCACCUAUGUUUAGUGUUUUUUUGUGUUCAACAUAAUUUCCUUAAGUGUAUUUUUGAGAGAGAUUCUUAAACGGAAAAAAUAAACAUGUCAGUUGGCAUAACUGUGUUGUAAAGUA